GCCGUGGCCCCGGCCCCCGUCCCCACCCCGGGCCGACCUUUGCACCGGGGAAGCGCCGCGGGCCGCCGCAGCGGGCCGCAACCUGCUCCGCCGGCGGCACCCCCAGCCCGCUCCGCAGGCAAGCGGCGGCCGGGGGCCACGGGAGCGGGUAAGAGCAGCCGGCCGGCUCCGGCGCCCGCAGCACCCCGGCCCCGCCGGCAUGGCCGCCCCGCGGGUCACCGAGAGCACUGUGGUGGUGGACGGGCAAACCCUCUUCUACCGCGACGCGGCGCCGGGCCAGGGCAGCCCGAAGCUGACGGUGCUGCUACUCCACGGCAUUCGCUUCUCCUCCGACACCUGGCUGCAGCUGCAGACGCUGGCCAAGCUGGCCGAGGCCGGCUACCGGGCGGUGGCCAUCGACCUGCCAGGCGACUUCUCUCUCCUCCGGCUCAGGGCUGGGGCGCUCGAAGGAGGCCGUGGCCCCAGCACCCGUGGGCCAGCCGGCGCCGGCGGCUUUCCUGAAAGGUGUCUCGGAGGCGCUGCGCCUGGGUCCGGCCGUGGUGGUCAGCCCGUCGCUCAGCGGCAUGUACUCGCUGCCCUUCCUCUUCCAGCACAGCCAGCUGCUCAGGGCCUACGUGCCCGUGGCGCCCAUCUGCACCGAGAAAUUCCCGGCGGAGCAGUAUGCCCGCAUCAAAACGCCCACGCUCAUCGUGCACGGGGAGCGGGAUGCGGAGCUGGGGCACGCCAGCCUGGCCAUGCUGCGGCACCUCCCCGAGCACCGGGUGCUGGUGCUGCGGGACGCCGGGCACGCCUGCUACCUGGACCAGCCCGACGAGUGGCACCGCGGGCUCCUGGCCUUCCUGCGGCAGCUGGAGUGAGCGCGACGGGUCAGCGCAGGGGGACCACGGCGGUCCCGCCUUUGACCACGCCGUCCCGCCUGCUCUCUCUCCCGGCUCCCGCAUCUGCACCGCUGGCUCCCUCGGGACCAAAUAAAACCCCAAGUUCUGCUACCACCUUCCCACCACCUUCCUCCUUGGAGCCCUGCCACUUUGUGCUUCCUCUUGGCCCCGCCUCUUUCCUGUUGGCCCCACCUCCUCCCCAGUGGCCCCGCCUCCUUCUCUCCAUCCCCUCCCCCUCCAUGCCCCACUGACCUUGGGGGGGUGAGCGAGGUGGGGGCAGCAUGGAUAGUAGUGGGCAUAAGGGGGGGCCGGGGACUGGAGAGCCAGAACCCGGGUUCUCGGUGCGUCAAGCAGCGGGUUCUAGGUCGCACAAGA